AAUUCGAUACAUCUAUGCCAAAGUAGUUGACUACAAUGAAAUUUAGUCUGGCAACAUUUGCAUUCUUUGCUUUCAGCUUGGAGACGUACUUUGAUUUAAUAAUAAUUCUAAUUUUUAAAAAAUAAAUAAUAAAGUGCAAUGCAGAGAUGAGUGCCAUAACAUUUCAACAAAACGGUGUCAGUUCUGAAUACGCAAUAAAUACCGCGGACACUGAUGAUACGGACAAAAAACCGUGUCAUCUGUUAGAGGAUGAUACGCAAUGUGGUUAUAUAUUUUUUAGUGAAUCUCUGCGAGUUCUGAAAUUUUUUUGUACGUUCUGUAGGGAAGCAUAUGAUGAUAUUUACUUUUAUUGUGAGCAUUUAAGCAUACACCUCAAUGAUAAUGUGGAUCAGGAUAAGGUUAAGUCAUCUGCAUCUGUAAACGAAGAAAAAUUAAUUGAUAGCCAUAGUGAUACAAUCGAGGAUGUCGAAGAAUUUGAAAAUAACGAAGAAUUUACUGAUUACAAUUAUGAAGAAGUUGGAGAUUUGUGUUCUGAGUUAGAUGAAGCGGAUGAAAUAGCCGCUGAAGUUGAACAGGAGAUGCAACAUUUAUACAAAGUUAACAAAACGAGCAGUGAGAACAGCAAUUCUGGAGACUUUUAUGGAUAUGAUGAGGAUGAUGGUCUCAAAGUUGGGCAGAGUAUAAAAAUAGAAAAAAUUGGUAUAGGUAGAAAAGUGAUCACAGCAAAUCCUACAGAUUAUGAAAGUUUAAUUGAUUAUUCAAAGCUUGAGGAAUACAAAUUAGAGCCUGUAAAGAAAAAGAAAAAUGUCAAAACCGUUAAGAUUAUAGCAGUUAAAAAUAAAAUAGCCGAAUUGUAUGAAAAAAUCAAAGAAGAGGAAGAAGUUAGAACAAGAGCGACAGCUGAAAGUAUGAAGAAAUUGACAGAAAAUUUAAUAAAGAAAAGUAAUUCUGCACCAGCACAACUAUCAAAAGAAAAGGACAAAAUCGCGUCAAACGAUGAAAAUUCUACUAGAAAAUUAAAUUGUACAAUAAUAGGAGAAACCGUAAUAACACUUCUACCGAGCACACCAAGUCAACCAGCUGCAGAGAUAGCAACAAAUGCAACAAUAGAAGAAAAUGAAGACCCUAUCAUUGAAGACAAAUCUAAAGAUACAGAAACUAACGAAUUAAACGAUAGAACAUGUCCUGCUUGCAAUAAAGUUUUUCGUAAUGCAUUUAGUUUGUCGGUUCAUAAACGGACGCAUUAUAUGGAAUCAGAUUGUGAAAUAAAACUAGCACACAAGUGUUCAGAUUGUGAUAAAUUAUUUAAUCGUAUAACUGAAUUAAAAGAACAUAUCGAAAAAGAACACUAUCCCGAUGGUUAUAUAUGUAAGGUCUGUAAUAAGAAGUUAUCAUCUAUUUUGUUAUUGGAAUCACAUAUGAAAAAAGUACAUCUUUCAAAACCAUUUACUUGUGAAAUUUGUAAACGAAACUUUUCUAGUCGCGCUAUUUUUGAAGAGCAUGUACAAACACAUAUAGAUAUGCCAAAUUUUAGGUGUCACAUAUGCGGAAGAAAAUAUAAUACAUUUAAUUUACUACAAGAGCAUAAAGCCCGACAUCAGGAACGUGUGCCGGAAACCUGUGUGGUAUGCGGAAAAAAAACGUUACGUAUAACACAACAUAUGAAAAUACAUGAGCCGCGACCAAAACGUAUAAUAAGUUGUAAAUAUUGUGGUAAAAUAUUCAAUUUUAGCUCUGGAUUGAGUCAUCAUAUCCGAAUAAUGCAUAAUGAACCACGUUUAGCAAAAAAUAUUGCAGAAACAAAUGCUAAACGUAAAAGUGAUGAAAUCAGUCCAGAUAGUGAGGAAUUCAUUAAGAAGGAGGAGGAAGCAAAGAAGGUGAUUGUGGAGUUAAUUCAUAAUGCUACAUAUAAAUCAUUCUUACCUGAUAACUUCACAUAUGAUUUUGUAAACACACCACCUAUAGCCAGAGAAGAAACUAUUUCUGCUGUAAAUAGCAUAACAAAUCCUUUUCUCACAAUUAAUGUGCUUAGUAAUGACAGUGUUGAUACACUCGAUUUGGCCACACAUUUUGGUUUGGAUCACCAAAAAAUCAUUGGUGCAUUAAAAAGCAUACAAGCGCAUGGCGAUCUUGUUGUUGCAGAACCAACAGCAAGAAAAACCAUUGAAUUGACAGACGAAGGAAAAUCAGUUAAAGAGCAAGGCAGUCAUGAAGCUGUUGUAUAUGCGAACAUACCAGAGCAAGGUAUUGCACAAGCAUCGCUAAUGCAAACUAGUCCUAAUGCUAAAGUAGGUUUUAGCAAAGCAAUGUCACAAGGAUGGAUUUUGGUUGAUAAAUCUGUUAAUCCACCAUUAGUUAAACGUAAAGUGGAUAAAAUUGUAGACAGCGUAAAGGAAAAUUUAAUUGCGAUAGCUGAUGGCAAAGCAGAUUUAGCUGCAAAUGUAUUAGCGGAUUAUAAAAAGCGUAAACUUUUACAAGAAAUAACGACAAAAAGUUUCAUUUUAACUAAAGGUUUAGAGUUUGCAACAACUUUGACCAAACUGGAAACUGAUCUAACCGUUGAUAUGCUGGCGAGUGGUUUGUGGAAAGAUUUAAACUUUAAGGCAUAUAACUUUGAUGCAUUGGGUGCUGCACCGGUAAGGGGUCACUUGCAUCCAUUGCUGAAAGUGCGUACAGAAUUUCGACAAAUUUUCUUAGAAAUGGGAUUUGCAGAAAUGCCAACGAAUAACUAUGUAGAAUCAUCUUUCUGGAAUUUUGAUGCACUAUUUCAGCCUCAGCAACAUCCGGCUCGGGAUGCGCACGAUACUUUCUUUAUUAAUUAUCCAUCUAAAAGCUAUAAAUUUCCUCAAGAUUAUUUACAACGCGUUAAGGAAGUGCAUUCUCAUGGAGGUUAUGGAUCUCAAGGCUACGGGUAUGACUGGAAAAUUGAGGAGGCACAAAAGAAUUUAUUGCGAACACAUACCACUGCAGUAAGUGCACGAAUGCUGUAUAAGCUCGCAAAUUCCCCAGAAGGAUUUCGACCAGCCAAAUAUUUUAGCAUUGACAAAGUAUUCCGGAAUGAGACACUUGAUGCUACACAUUUAGCUGAAUUUCAUCAAGUUGAGGGUGUUGUAGCAGAUGUGGGGUUAACUUUAGGUGAUCUUAUUGGUACUUUGUAUGAGUUCUUCCGUAAGCUGGGCAUAACACAACUGGAAUUUAAACCAGCAUAUAAUCCUUACACUGAGCCUAGUAUGGAAAUAUUCUGCUUCCAUCCAGGCUUAAGCAAAUGGAUUGAAGUCGGUAAUUCAGGUGUUUUCAGGCCUGAAUUACUGUUGCCAAUGGGAAUACCAGAGAAUGUGAAUGUUAUUGCAUGGGGAUUAUCAUUAGAACGGCCAACUAUGAUAAAGUAUGGCAUAAACAAUAUAAGAGAUAUGGUUGGACCUAAAGUGGACUUAAAAAUGGUCGAAGAAGGACCUAUUUGUCGUAUGGAUCACCUGAAUGAAAACGGAUCAAAUAACACUGCAUCAACAAGUAAAUUUAAGUUGCCGAAGUUUCAAACAUCACAAACUGAAAAACCAACAGAUAAAAACGAAACCAAAUUUGAUCUGCCAUCAUUAAAAACAAUAGAUCAGAAUCAGUUUGACGCUGAUUUAACAAAAAUUAAAAACGAUUUGGCAAAUGUACAAAUACAAGAACCAGCAACGAAAACUCCAACGUCACCGAUCAUAGAUUUAACAAUAGCUUUAAGAACAGCUAACGUAGCUGAAGUUUCGAAGCCCAAGUCAACCGCUAAAAUAAAAACUGUUGAAAAAUUCCACAUUCCUUUUGUUGAUUGUGAUCGAAUUGAAGUGGAAUCAAAUGAAUAUUGCCAAUUAGAUGUAUCAAAUAUGAAGUGCACUCCCUUACUGCAUCGGCCGUCCUCAUUGGGACGACAUUGUCAUAAAGAAAAAAAAUUUAAAAUGUCUAAAGGCGGACAAAUUAUUUUUAACAGAAUAAAUGAAACCAAAAAUGGUCAAUACAACAAAGCUAACAAAAUGACUACGGAUAAUGAAGUUAACUUUCGAGUACGGUCAACGCCAAUUCGGGUGUCCCCUGCCACAAAAAAAAAUGCGCUAAAUAGCAAAACUGAUAACAAUUCGUUUAAUAAUAAAAUUAUAUGCGAAUCAAUUUCAUCCACUCCUAUUUUAAAUAAAAAACAAAAACCAAUUCGUUGCGGUGAAAUUUUCGUAGCCAAUAUCGCUGCGAGACAUUGGACAUUUACAUGUUCGUUCUGCAACAAAAGCACCAGAGAUAUUGGAGAAUUUAUUUGUCACAUCAAAAUAAAACAUUUGGUAGAAGACCAUGAACAGACAAAUGAUGCAGAUUCCGACGAUGAUAUUGUUUUUAAUGAUGAUUAUGGAAGUUCAAAAGAAGACUCAAACAGUCAAAAUAACAGUCAUAUUAAUAAAUUUUUCUCAAAUAAUACAGACGCUAAGAGAAGACUAACUUUUACAAACAACAAAGCUAUUGAAAUAAUACCGAUUAUAUCCUCUAAACAGCACGGUAAAACCUAUCCCCAACAAACAAGCUCUUCACACAAUUCAACUGAGUUCUAUGACUAUAAUACUUAUUUGGAUGUAAGCGUUCACACUGAAAACAAUGAGACCCCUCCAUCUAAUAAAUCGCAUUUAUCCCAAAAUAAUUCAAAGCGCCGAUCUAUUUCACAUUCUCUAGUUGCCAAUGUUGAAAAUAAAGAAAAAAAUACUACAGCACAAAUUGAAACACAACAACAACAGCAGAAAACUACCAUCACUUCUCAACCAAAUGAUGAGAAUGUAAUUGUCAGUUUAAUCGAUGAUGAUGACGAUGAAGAAGAAGAAGCUCAGAUAAAACAAACUGUUGUGGAAAGUAAUGUUGCUCGCACCAAUAAAACCAAUGUUAGUGGAAAUGCUAAAAUCAAAGUCAGAAAUAAUUUAGGUGAUGAGAGCAAAAUUCGAUCUACUAGAAUACCUAUUAAGAUAAAUAAUGUUGUUUCAAAUGAGAAAACUACACAAAAUAUGGAAAAAGAUGCUGUUACAUCAGAAGAUCAAAUUCAGGAAGAGAUGCAGCAAGUUGGCAAUAAUAAUUCUCAUAUCUCAGUCAAUACAGAUGAAGAGAAUGACGAUUUCGAUAAUCAACUUUUAAUUGCACCGGAUGAUUCAAAUAAGGAAGAUAAAUCAGCUAACGAAAGCAUCAAAUUUAAACGUCGCCAAAUACGUGGCAGUGUGUAUUGUGCUAUUUGUAAAAGAACCUUUCAGUAUUAUUCACUAUAUCGUAAUCAUAUGAUUAAACACUCAAAUGAGACACCAUUUACAUGUGCAGUGUGCCAUAAGGGUUUUAAGUCGAAGCCAUCAAUACGUUAUCAUUUGAAUACACAUCACAAGGAAAGGCGUAUAAAAUGUGAACUCUGCGAUGCUACUUACCAUACACAAUUUCAACUUAUUAGUCAUAUAGUGCUUCAUGAAAAUGAAACAACUUUUCCGUGCAUGGUUUGUGGAAAAAUCAUGACUUCCGAAAAGGAACGAGAAGUACAUUUAACAACACAUACAGAAGAACGGCCAUUCUUUUGUGAUUUCUGUCGAAAGCGCUUUCAUAAGCGACAUCAUUUGUCUAAUCAUUUAAAACGGCAUCGUUAUUAUCGUUGCGAUUAUUGCAAGGAAGAAUUUCGUAGUGAGACACAUUUACGUAAACCGUAUGCUUGUAAAAGUUGUGGAAAAUUAGAAAUUUUAGAUGGAAAAUUAGAUACAGAAAAUAGAUACCAACUAAACUCACGGGAUAAUGACGUCAGUUUGGCAAGUUCGGAAAUAAAUCCGUUGCAGCUUUCAGAUGGAAAUCAACAAACUCAAGAAACAAUCGACUGUGAAGGAUCUGAUGAAAUGGAUACUUGGACUAUUGAUUGUGAAGAUGAUGAGGAAGAAGAAACUGAAAUUAAUGAAGCAAAUUCAUCAGAAACUGCAAAAAAUGAUGAAGAAGAUGUUGAUAUUAGCAAUUCUUUGCUAAUGAUGCCUAAAGAUAAUGUUAGAUUGGAUUCACCAAAAUUGAUGAGAGGACGUUUCGGUUGCAAGUAUUGUGGUAAUAAGUAUUCGUAUAAAAGUGGUCUUAAUUAUCAUUUAAGAAUGAAACAUUCCUAAAAUGGAAAUUUACAUAUUAACAUCUAAU